AUGGCGUUAAAUUUGCGAGACCGCCGUCUCUACCGGGAAGAUGAAAAGGCGAACCACCGCCUCCUGAAUGAUGACCAACGGCAACGCCUCCUCGAUGAGUAUAUGCCCCCGCCUCCACCUACCUCGACCGUCGGAAAGAACAAAGUUACCAAGGCGUGGGACACCAAGUCGCAAAACGCCCGAAACUCCCACCUUGGCGUCCGCCGCUUCCUCAAGAGCCAGCUCCACCUCCUGAUAUUCACCCUCCUGCACUCCUUCUUCUCCCUGUACGUCAAGACGCGGCAGACAUGGAACAAGGUCUGCUACAGGGUAUCGUCCAUCAUUUCGUACCACCACCGAACCCCCGAGCUCAUCGAGAACGACGUUCGCAGUCUGCGCCAAAAACCCGAGCACCUCAGCGCCGUGCUCAACAUGCACGAAGAUGCGAGGGCUACGGAGCUGGAAAGGCUCGUGAACGAGGCCGCCGACAUUGCCGUCUGGACGGCGUGCGCGGGGAUUCCCAUGCUCUCCAUCUAUGAGCGAUCCGGUACACUUAAGCGAUACCUACCCCAAAUUCACCAAGCGAUCCUCCAACGGUUCGCCUCGUACUUUGGCGAGCAGUACCCCGGUCUGACGGUGACCGCGCCUCACACCGAACCUGUGGACUCGGCGCCCAUGGGCGGCAGUGCCCUCGAAGGCAAGCUCAAGCACCUCAACAUCAUGUUCAUCUCGUACAAGGAUGGGCGGGAGGCCAUGGUCGACCUGACCAAGACCCUCGCAGAGAUGUCGCAAAAGGGCAAGCUGAACCCGGCCGACAUCCACAUGGACCUCAUCGACGCGGAGCUCUCCGAGGGCAUCAUGCCCGAACCUGACCUUCUCCUCCUGUUCACCCCCACGUCGAGCUCUUUGGCUACCCCCUUGGCAGAUCCGGCGAGUACGAACGUUUUAGGAGAGACGUGGAAUGCCGACGCCGAGUCCGUCAUGAUCCAACUCCGGGCACCCCUGGCGCGGGCCAUGACAACGCUGGACCGGGCCCUCUUCUCCCAAAAGUUCCCUCUCGCCGCCGCCGCCGUGCGCGAGCCCCGCCACCUCGCGCGCUACCGCAAGGACCUGAUCCACGAGGCCAAGCUCUUCAACCGCUCCGGCUUUAACCCCCUGCUACUCCUUAGUCCCGAGGUCAAGCAUGAGUCAAAGGCUACAUGGGGUGAGACUAUCCAACGUGGCCACACCGAGGGCGAGGUGGAUGUUGUCCCCUAUGAGCUCGCGCUCGACUACGACAGGUGGACAUAUCCCGUGAAACCGCUUACCCAGAUUCUCGCAGACGAGGUCAUCCAGUCCAUCCUUCCCGAAGAGCUUCACAAUGAAGUCCCCUCCGGGUUCAACUCAGUCGGUCAUGUUGAGGACAGAGAACUCACCAGCCCUUGCAAAAGUUCACCUGAACCUCAGGGAUCAGUACCUCCCCUACAAAAGGUCAUCGCCGACGUCAUUCUGGACAAAACGCCGCGUUUCCGCACCGUCAUCAACAAGAUCGACACCGUCGGUCAAGAGUCCGAGUUCCGCACCUUUAGCUACGAGGUGCUCGCGGGCCCAGACGACCUCAACGUCGAGGUCAAGGAGAACGACUGCAUCUUCCGCUUCGACUACGCCAAGGUAUACUGGAACUCCAAACUGGAGCCCGAGCACACUCGUCUCAUCAACAAGUUCCGUCCCGGCGAGGUGGUCUGCGACGUCAUGGCCGGCAUCGGGCCCUUUGCCGUGCCCGCCGGUCGCAAGGGCGUCUUCGUCUGGGCCAACGACAUGAACCCCGAAAGCUACAAGUAUCUUAGUGAGGCAGUGGCCAGGAACAAGGCGGAUGGUUUCGUCCGCCCCUUCAACGAAGAUGGCCGCAAGUUCAUCCAUCGCGCCGCUGACCUCGUCCUAGACAGCUCCCGGAGCGGCGACCACGUCCUCGUCCGCCCCAAGCACAGGCCCUCCAGGACAAAGCCUGGCCCGGCACCAGAGCCUACCCGCGAGCUCUUUGCCCCGCACACCGAGGCCAAACUCCCUGUAGUGCACGUUCACUGUUUUGCGCCCAAGUUUUCGGACGAGGAGGUUGCCGAGGACAUCAACAAGCGUAUCUUUGACGAAAUUGGCGUCAAGCUACCUGUAGGCGACGACCUUGAUGCUGGCCAGGUUUCCAUUUACGAUGUCCGCGAUGUGGCCCCCAACAAGCGCAUGUUUUGCGCCAGCUUUAGGAUACCCCCAGAGGUCGCCUUUGCACCUCGGGAGCCAAGCACCUGA